AUGUCCAUGUCGACCAAACUCACGGAGCUCCUCUUGUUCAGUGUGUCGGCAGCAGCCUAUGUGGCCCUUACCAAAAGCACCCGGUCUCCGACAGGUAGCAAUAGCUUGAUCCAAUCGCUGCAAGAAGGAACGUCCUUGAAUGCCAAGGAACGAGUGUGUACGGUCAAUGCGAAUAAUGAACCCACGUCCACGGGACACUACCGAAACGAAAUGAGAUUGCAGAAAUUGUGGCACAGGGCGACCUACAUUUUGGUACUAGUCUGUGACAAAGAAGACAACCAAAAGAAGCAGAAACAACAUGUCAUUGUCCAAAAGAGAUCCGCCAUCAAAGACUAUUGUCCCAGAAAACUGGAUCCCACGCCGGGUGGAGUGGUGGGAUUUGGAGAAACCAAUUGGCACAAUGCCACUCGCGAAUUGGAGGAAGAAUUGGGAAUUACAAUUGGAAAAGAGUCGGACGCCACCUUGACGCGCCUCUUUACAUUUCCCUAUCAAGACGAACAUGUCAAAGUAUUUGGAGAAUUUUACGAAUGCAUCUACCGCGGCGAUCCCCAUAGCGACUUGACACUGCAACCAGAAGAAGUGGAAUCCAUUGAAAUUGUACCACUGGAACAACUCCGACAACGCAUUCAGACGGCGCCGCACGAAUUCAUGCCGGAUGCCUGUCAUGCCAUGCAAUUGUACUUUCAACGGACACAAGAUGCCACAUUGCAACGACGGUUACUCAAGGGAUAUUCCAGUGGGGAUUUGGAUCAUUAUCGACUACGGCCCAAACCAAAAGUCAUUUUCUUUGAUUGCGACGAUUGUCUCUAUUUUGAUCACUGGAAGGUGGCGGGGAUGCUCACGAAAAAGAUUGAAGAAUGGUGCAUUACCAAGGCCAAACUACAACCGGGACAAGCGUAUCAGCUGUACAAACAGUACGGUACGGCGCUCAAGGGGUUGUUGGAAGAAGGAUAUUUGGAAAACACAAAAGAGGCCAUUGAUAGGUAUUUGCAAGAAGUGCAUGAUAUUGGUGUGGAACAACACAUUGCACGAGACGACAAACUCCGCGACAUGAUUAUACGAAUGGAUCCCACUAUUCCUCGCUAUAUUUUUACCGCUUCGGUACGGGAACAUGCCCAACGCUGUUUGCGCGCGCUCGGAAUUGACGAUCUCUUUGACGGUAUUAUUGACGUCAAAGAUUGCCAGCUCGAAACCAAACAUGCCCGCCAAUCGUUUGAGUGUGCCAUGGCCAUUGCCGGUGUCCAAGAACCCGAGGCGUGCUUGUUUGUCGAUGACAGUCUCAAAAACAUUCAUACGGCGCGCGAAAUGAAAUGGAGAAGUGUUCUGGUCGGCAAGGUGGGACGAGAUUGUGGAACGACCAUUACAUCGGAACAUGCCGAGCAAGAAAUUGACCGGAUUCACGAGUUUCCCACCGUGUGGCCCGAGUUGUUUCUGUAG